AUGAAGCUCGCCCUCCUCCUCCUUGCUGCCUCCGCGGCCGCCUCCGCCCUCCCCGUCUCCUCCUCCUCCUCCUCCUCCUCCGCCCUUCCCGUCCUCCACAUGCCCCUGCGCUCCCGCGGUUCCCCCGCCGAGCGUCUGCGCAAACAGCUCCUCCGCCGCCGUGCUCUGCGCGCCCGCGACGACACCGUCCAAAUCUCGCUCGACAACUCGGUCGACCAGGGCACAUACCUCACCACCGUCUCGCUCGGAACGCCGGCUCAAAACAUAACCGUGCUCGUCGACACCGGCUCCUCGGACCUGUGGGUCCAGUCCUCCUCCAGCUCGGACUGCUCGACCGUGUCCAACUACUGCACUACCUACGGCACCUACUCCGAGAGCGACUCGUCGACUGCCUCGGCCCUCUCGGACUCGGACGACGACACAUUCUCAAUCACCUACGCCGACUCGUCCUCCGCCAGCGGCGUCUACCUGACCGACACCAUCACCGUCGGCAGCUCCUCCGUCUCUGACUUUACCUUUGCCGUCGCCUCAAACACAUCCUCCGACCUCGGCGUGCUCGGCAUCGGCUUCACCACCAACGAGGCCGCGGCCGAGACGUACGAGAACCUGCCGGCGCGCCUCGCUUCGGAUGGUGUUAUCCAGAGCAACGCCUACUCGCUCUGGCUCAACAGUCUCGAGUCCGACGAAGGAAAUCUGCUGUUUGGCGGCAUCGACACGGCAAAGUUCUCCGGCGAGCUGCAGACGAUUGACAUCACGGCCUCGCACGGGUCGACGUAUACGUCGUUCCUGGUGACGAUCACCGAUAUCGCGUACAACACCUCCGCGGGCGUGAACUCGACGCUCUCGGAGGACUCGAUCUCGGUCGUGCUCGACUCCGGCACGACCUACGCGGUCCUGCCCAAGACCGUGAUCGAGUCUAUUGUGUCGGCCAUCGGCUCCGGCACGUACGACGACGACUACGGGCUCUACACGAUCGACUGCACGUACCAAGACUCGAGCGACGCCGUCGUGCUGACGUUCAACGACGGCGGCGCCACACUCUCGGUCCCGCUCAGCGAACUCGUCGUGCCGCUCGAGUACAGCUCCGAGGGCUCGACGCUCUGCGCGGUCGGCAUCCAGUCCUACACCGACGACGACUCGACCUCGGAGGGCAUCUCGACCACGACCUACAUCCUCGGCGACGCCUUCUUGCGCGCAGGCUACAUCGUCUACGACCUCACCAAUAAGCAGAUCAGCAUCGCCCAGGCGGUCUUCGACACCACCGAGUCCAGUAUCGUCGCAAUUAACUCCACCGGCCUCUCGACCUCGUCCUCGCUCGCGGGCACGGGCGUCUCGUCCUCGUCCUCAUCGUCGGACUCGUCCUCGUCCUCGUCCUCGUCCUCGUCUGCGGCCGCGAGCAGUAGACUUUCCGGUAGCACUGGUGCGCUCGUCGCCGCGGCGGCUGUCUUUGCAUGCAUGUUAAUUUUGUGA